UCGCGCGGUGCACCCUCCUUUACUAAGCCCCUCAUGACUUGCACGUGCGUCCGGUGGGAGGUUCCCCUACCACCCCGUUUGCGUCAAGCACUCCCUAAAUCGUAAUGUUAUCAUAAACAGUCCCACCUCAACGACCCAUAAUCACCUCUCAGGCUUUUUUUUACCGAGACAUCUCAUUGGACGUGAACACGCGACCAGCGCGAGGAGGGGGGCUUCCAGACGCGUGCCGCUUUUUAAGCCGACGCAGCGCCUUGAGACACCAGAGAAGGAGUCCCGCACGCGACCCGAAAGCCUCUUACACACACACAAACACACAAACUGUGCGCAAUUGUGAAUUCCUAGGAACAUCUCCUAAUACAGUUAUAGGGGGAAAGUUUUCUUGUUAUUUUGGAAAUAUGGAUGUGUUAACGGUGGAAGAGUGGAGUAAAGGCGCGCGGGAGGUUGCAGCUCUAGGUGCGCUGCAACAGGAACGCGUCAGCACCGGGGUGGUGGAGAGGGGAGGGAACCAUCAACUCGAGGUGUCCCGCUACGACCCGGGACAUACGCUCGUGGACGGCGGCAGUGACCCACGCGCCUGGCUAACCGACGCUUCUGGCACCUGCGCGGCACACGCCACAUCACCCGACUACCUGCGGCACUCGCCCUGUCCGAGCACCGGCUCCUACCAGGAGAGUUGUUCCCCCGGGUCCUCGGGCCAUCCCAGCCCUCCCAUUCACAGAAGAUCUGCCAAGAAUCCCUCCUCUUCCUCGCUCAAAGUCAGGGACCUGUGCCGCCUCAAAGGCACCAUCACAGGGCCAGAAGAAGAGGCCCCCCUGAGGCAGAGAGCGCAGUCCAGCAAGCCCGUCAGCGGCGUCCAGAGGCAGAGGCGGGUGGCCGCCAAUGCACGUGAGAGGAGGCGCAUGCACGGGCUGAACCACGCGUUCGACGAACUGCGCAGCGUCAUCCCGGCGUUCGACAAUGACAAAAAACUCUCCAAGUACGAAACUCUGCAGAUGGCGCAGAUUUACAUCAACGCUCUGGCCGAGUUGCUGCAAGGUCCGGUGUCCACCAACAAUGAAAACUCCGACGGUUCACCAAAGCGUGAUAUUUUGCUGUCACCCGCAGAUGGUUUUGAAGGGGCAAAAGAAAGGGCUGCCCAGUCGCCGUCACUUACCUGCAGGACAGCGGUGGCUCUGCCCCUCUCUGGUGAUGCCAUACCUGUUCACAUCAACGGGAUGCCAUUCCGCUCCUCAUUCCAAGAAAACUCAUUCACUGGCAGAGUUGAAAAAGCGAUGUGUUCCCCUUCUUCCUCGUCCUCACUUGUCGGGAAUGGGAGGAAAGAGUCUCCACGAAGCGACGGGGAGUUUUCCCCGCGCUCCCACUUCAGUGACUCGGAUGAAAUAGCAAUGGAGCUCCACUCAAGUGAAGAAGAUGAUCUGUCGGAAAUCAAGCUACCCAGCCACCGUCAUCCCACCGUGUCAUUCUAAAUAGUUUUUUGAAUAAAAAAGACUAAAUAAAAAUAGUUCACUGCAACAGAAUUGACCAAAUUUCAUUAAACCGUGUCAAUAGCACCUACAGCCUUGUAACUUCAGAGGGAAAAUAUUUCUCCUUUGUUUUUCAUUUCGCAAAGAAAAAAAAAGUUUCUUGUGUCCGCAAUAACUGUUGUUACUUUGUUCGAAAGGCCUGAUUCGGUUCUGCCAACACACACACCCACACACACACACAGAUAUAUAUAUAUA